GGGAGGGGCCGCCAUUCACAUUCCCGGAAGAGCAGCAGGUCGGCAGAGGAGGAGGAAAAAGAGAAAACAAAUAGGAGUUCCUCCCCUCUUCGCCCCCCAAAGCAGGCAAUGGAGAAGACAGGCAGAAUUCUGGGGGGCCACGUUCAAUGGGAAUAACAAAGAAAGCAUUUAAAUACAUGGAGUGUGAAAAGAGAGAGGAGAAGCAGUUUGAAAGAAUGGAGUGUGAGAAGAUCUUCAGUGACAGUGGAACACUUAGAAAACAUCAACAGACUCACACUGGGGAGAAACCAUUUAAAUGCAUGGAGUGUGGAAAGAGCUUUAUUGAUGGUACAGCAUUGACUAACCACCAUCAAACUCACACAGGGGAGAAACCAUUUAAAUGCAUGGAGUGUGGAAAGAGCUUCAGUCAGAGUGGAAAACUUAGAAUUCAUCAACGGACUCACACAGGGGAGAAACCAUUUGUAUGCAUGGAGUGUGGAAAGGGCUUCACUUCUAAUCAAGUACUUAGAACUCAUCAACGGACUCAUACGAGGGAGAAACCAUUUAAAUGCCUGGUGUGUGGAAAGAGCUUCAGUCGCAAUGGACACCUUAGAAUUCAUCAACGGAUUCACACAGGGGAGAAACCAUUUAAAUGUAUGGAGUGCGGGAAGAGCUAUAUUGAUGGUACAGCAUUGACUAACCACCAUCAAACUCACACAGGGGAGAAACCAUUUAAAUGCCUGGUGUGUGGAAAGAGCUUCAGUCGCAAUGGACACCUUAGAAUUCAUCAACGGACUCACACAGGGGAGAAACCAUUUAAAUGUAAGGAGUGCGGGAAGAGCUUCCAUCAGAGUGGACACCUUACAAUUCAUCAUCAAACUCACACAGGGGAGAAACCAUUUAAAUGUAAGGAAUGUGGAAAGAGCUUCAGUAGAUGUGACAGCCUUAAUUUACAUAAUCAAACUCACAAAGGGGAAAAACACUUUGAAUGUAUAGUGUGUGGAAAGAGCUUCAGUCAGAGUAGAAAUCUUAGAAUUCAUCAACGGACUCACACAGGGGAGAAACCAUUUGUAUGCAUGGAGUGUGGAAAGGGCUUCACUUCUAAUCAAGUACUUAGAACUCAUCAACGGACUCAUACGGGAGAGAAACCAUUUAAAUGCAUGGUGUGUGGAAAGAGCUUCAGUCGCAAUGGACACCUUAGAAUUCAUCAACGGAUUCACACAGGGGAAAAACCAUUUAAAUGUAUGGAGUGCGGAAAGAGCUUCAGUGAGAGUGGACACCUUAGAAUUCAUCAACGGACUCACACAGGGGAGAAACCAUUUAAAUGUAUGGAGUGUGGAAAGAGCUUCAGUGCGAGUGGAUAUCUUAGAAUUCAUCAACGGACUCACACAGGGGAGAAACCAUUUAAAUGUAUGGAGUGUGGAAAGAGCUUCAAUAACAGUGGAAAGCUUAGAAUUCAUCAACGGACACACAUGGGGGAGAAACCAUUUGAAUGUCUGGAGUGUGGAAAGAGCUUCACUGACAGUGGAUAUCUUAGAAUUCAUAAACGGACUCACACAGGAGAGAAACCAUUUAAAUGUCUGGAGUGUGGAAAGAGCUUCAGUCAGAGUGGACACCUUAGAAUUCAUCAACAGACUCACAUGGGGGAGAAACCAUUUGUAUGCAUGGAGUGUGGAAAGGGCUUCACUUCUAAUCAAGUACUUAGAACUCAUCAACGGACUCAUACGGGGGAGAAACCAUUUAAAUGCCUGGUGUGUGGAAAGAGCUUCAGUCGCAAUGGACACCUUAGAAUUCAUCAACGGAUUCACACAGGGGAGAAACCAUUUAAAUGUAUGGAGUGCGGGAAGAGCUAUAUUGAUGGUACAGCAUUGACUAACCACCAUCAAACUCACACAGGGGAGAAACCAUUUAAAUGCCUGGUGUGUGGAAAGAGCUUCAGUCGCAAUGGACACCUUAGAGUUCAUCAACGGACUCACACAGGGGAGAAACCAUUUAAAUGUAAGGAGUGCGGGAAGAGCUUCCAUCAGAGUGGACACCUUACAAUUCAUCAUCAAACUCACACAGGGGAGAAACCAUUUAAAUGUAAGGAAUGUGGAAAGAGCUUCAGUAGAUGUGACAGCCUUAAUUUACAUAAUCAAACUCACAAAGGGGAAAAACACUUUGAAUGUAUAGUGUGUGGAAAGAGCUUCAGUCAGAGUAGAAAUCUUAGAAUUCAUCAACGGACUCACACAGGGGAGAAACCAUUUGCAUGCAUGGAGUGUGGAAAGGGCUUCACUUCUAAUCAAGUACUUAGAACUCAUAAACGGACUCAUACGGGGGAGAAACCAUUUAAAUGCAUGGUGUGUGGAAAGAGCUUCAGUCGCAAUGGACACCUUAGAAUUCAUCAACGGAUUCACACAGGGGAGAAACCAUUUGAAUGUCUGGAGUGUGGAAAGAGCUUCACUGACAGUGGAUAUCUUAGAAUUCAUAAACGGACUCACACAGGAGAGAAACCAUUUAAAUGUAUUGAGUGUGGAAAGAGCUUCAGUCAGAGUGGACACCUUAGAAUUCAUCAUCAAACUCACACGGGGGAGAAACCAUUUAAAUGCAUGGAGUGUGGAAAAAGCUUCAGUAGAAGUGACAGCCUUAAUUUACAUAAUCAAACCCACACGGAAAAAACCAUUCAUUCACAUUCCCAGAAGAGGAGCAGGUCGGCAGAGGAGGAGGAAAAAGAGAAAACAAAUAGGAUUUCCUCCCCCCUUCACCCUCUAAAGAAGACAAUGGAGAAGGCCGCCAGAAAUCUGGGGGGGCAUUUCAAUGCAAAUAAUGAAGAAGCCGUUAAAAAACCAUUUAAAUGCAUGGAGUGCGGAAAGAGCUUCAGUGCGAGUGGAAUCCUUAGGAACCAUCAACAUACUCACACGGUGGAGAAACCAUUUAAAUGUCUGGAGUGUGGAAAGAGCUUCAAUCAGAGUGGACACCUUAGAAACCAUCAACGGACUCACACUGGUGAGAAACCAUUUAAAUGUAUUGAGUGUGGAAAGAGUUUCACUAUUAUUGGAAACCUUAGAAGCCAUCAACGGACUCACACAGGAGAGAAACCAUUUAAAUGUAUUGAGUGUGGAAAAUGCUUCACAAAUAAUGGAAAUCUUAAAAUUCAUCAACGGACUCACACGGGGGAGAAACCAUUUAAAUGUAUGGAGUGUGGAAAGAGCUUCACGCAUAGUGGAACACUAAGAAUUCAUCAACGGACUCACACAGGAGAGAAACCAUUUAAAUGUAUUGAGUGUGGAAAGAGUUUCACUAUUAUUGGAAACCUUAGAAGACAUCAAUGGGAACACACUGGGGAUAAACCAUUUAAAUGUAUUGAGUGUGGAAAAUGCUUCACAAAUAAUGGAAAUCUUAGAAUUCAUCAACGGACUCACACGGGGGAGAAACCAUUUAAAUGUAUAGAGUGUGGAAAGAGCUUCACUGAGAGUGGAGACCUUAGAAUUCAUCAACGGACUCACACGGGGGAGAAACCAUUUAAAUGUAUUGAGUGUGGAAAGAGUUUCACUAUUAUUGGAAACCAUAGAAGACAUCAACGGACUCACACGGGGGAGAAACCAUUUAAAUGUAUUGAGUGUGGAAAGAGUUUCACUAUUAUUGGAAACCUUAGAAGACAUCAACGGACUCACACGGGGGAGAAACCAUUUAAAUGUAUUGAGUGUGGAAAAUGCUUCACUUAUAGUGGAGCACUAAGGAUUCAUCAAUGGACUCACACGGGCCAGAAACCAUUUAAAUGCAUGGAAUGUGGAAAGUGCUUCUGUAGGGGUGGGCAACUGAAUUCACAUCAUCGAACACACACAGGGGAUAAACCAUUUAAAUGUAUGGAGUGUGGAACGAGCUUCAGUCAGAGUGGAAACCUUAGACAACAUCAACGGACUCACACAGGAGAGAAACCAUUUAAAUGUAUGGAGUGUGGAAAGAGCUUCAGUCAGAGUGGACGUCUUACAAAACAUCAACAAAUUCAUACUGGGGAGAAACCAUGUAAGUCCUAGGGUGGAUAGAGGUUCAGUUGUGGUGGAAGUCUUACAAACCACCUAAAGACUCUGAGGCGUAAGAGCUGUAAGAGUGGAAACUCUACAAGCCAUGAAUUAACUCAAAGAAGGGAAAUGGUUUAAAUAGAAGGAUUGUGGAUUCUGCUUUGGUUAUUAUGGAACGCUUUUCAAAGUGUAGAACCUCUUUCUCUCCAAAUUGACACUUUCCUUCACAUCAGUGACAGGAAAUCCAUCUUAAAGGCAUGCAGCGUAUGUGAGCUUCUGUUGUUUGUAUGUAACAUUGUCUAGACAUAGUUACAGGUAGGUAGCCGUGUUGGUCUGAGUCGAAGCAAAAUAAAAAAAUUCCUUCAAUAGCACCUUAAGGACCAACUAAGUUUUUUAAUUGGCAUGAGUUUUCGUGUGCAUGCACUGACGAAGUGUGCAUGCACAUGAAAGCUCAUACCAAAUUAAAAACUUAGUUGGUCUUUAAGGUGCUAUUGAAGGAAUUUUUUAUUUUGCAUUGUCUAGACAUGUUUUUAAAGUAAUGAGGGUAACAUUUCACAAUAGUAAGCAUAAUAUAAUAUUGAAUGUACUGUUCGAUAGGGAGGGGGAGUGUGUGAGUCUGCAGUGUUGCUUCUGAAUGAGGAUGGACUGAGAGUGAGCUGGUUUUGGUGUGUAGCCUUAUCAGCUAAUAAGGGUCCUUAAGUUGCGCCCAGGCAAGGACAGAAACAGUCAACAAGACUCCAAGGGUUGGAUUCAGAGAAAGAAUUUAAUUUCUUAUUAAUAAGAGACUCUAGGUGAUCAGCUCACGACAAGAGUAAAGAAAACACAAUUUGCAAAGCUUCUUAUACACUUCUUGGGCUCCUUUCCCCCUCCUCUGUAGAUGUGCGCACGCAAGGGGGUCACAAGUACAUAUAUGGAUCUUCCUGUGUCCGGUCCUGUGCAUAAACACAUGACGACUCAGCAGAGCCCCUUCAACACGACUAUGCAUCAAGCUAGCAGCUUCCAGCGUCAGGCUGGACGUGCGUCCACUGAUAAGCCUCUCUCUGUGAUCCAGACAAGGUCAGCUCUUAGCCUUGAUAGCAAGUCUCACUGUUACAUUGCACUUUGACACACAGAGGCAUAGAGGCAGAGAGGAAAGCAUUUUUCAGAAGCAUUUUAGGAGGAAUAUUGGGGGGGGCAAUGCAAACUAUAGGAUCAGAUCUAGCUCAAUAACACAAUUGGCAAACCCCUCCCUUCAGGUGUUUGGGGGAGGGAGUUGGAAAUGUUUGUAUCUGGGAAUAGAGAUUUGCACAAAGUGGAGCUGAGACUGGAGGUGUUGCUUUGGAAGCAGAAUUAGAUUAAUAUUAUGGGAAUAGCAGCAUCACUCCCACUGUUAUAAUUGCAAUGAUGCAACCAUGAAGACACAGAAAGACUGAAAGCACCUCCUUAUAUGCCCAAGGUAAUUUUGAACCCCUCAUCUGUUCUUUUGAUUUAUAUAUAUAUUGUGCAUAGCUAUGUUUGGUGGCAGGAGAAAUAAAAGGGGUGUUUAGUGGCAUAACCAGGACAGGCUCUGUUCCUAGCUGCACGUCUUGCAUGAGGAGGGAAGGGGGCACAGGGAAGAAGGGGCCGUACCAGAGCAUCUCAAAGCAAUGUAAGGAUGAGUCUAAUGUGGAAGGAGGUUCAGGCAGGACCCAAAGCGAGAGUGCUAAGGGUCAACUUCCUCCAACUCCACCAGCUGCCCCAAGGCAGGAGCCCCCUCUGGGCCCUGAGGGUGGAAAGCCUCCCUCCACCUUUGAAAGUGGACAUGAUCCGAGGGCAGUGAUGGCGAACCUUUUAGAGACCGAGUCCCCAAACUUCAACGCAAAAGCCACUUACUUAUCACAAAGUGCCAAUGUGGCAAUUCUGCCUGUAUAUCCAUUUUUUUUCUGUUUGUUUCACGUUUCUUCUUUAUGACUAAUGUUGUAAUAAAUAAUCCUUCGUAUACGUUAUUGCAUUAUAUUCUUCAUUAAAUUAUAUUUCCACUGAUAUGGUAUGUUAUGGUAUAACUCAGUGCUUUUUUUCCUUUAAGAAUGUUUAGGGUGUACUCUCAUUUUGACUCAAGAAAAUCACCACCGAGGGAGGGAAUAAAUACAGUUCAACUUGGGAAAAACAAAUACACUCGUACCUCAGUUUUCGAACAGUUUAGUUCUCAAGCUACCUGAACACUUCAAACCCAGAAAUGAGUGUUGCAGUUUCGGAACGUUUUUCAGAAGCCAAACAGGCUCUGUUUGAAGUAUAAGUUCUGUUUUGGGUGCCAUACGUCCGUUUUCCUAGUGAGGGAAGGCGGGCUGGGCAGCAAGCAGCAAGCAGCAUGUAGCCUCCCCGUCUGAGAGAUCCUUCAGAGGUCUUCUCUCUUUGACAUUCCACACGGAGUUCCACACGGAGGGAGCCACUACCGAAAAGGCCCUCUGCCUGGUACCCUGUAAAUGUGAGGGAACCGCCAGAAGACCCUCGGAAGUGGACCUCGGCUAAAUGGUGGGGGGAUAUUUCCCCCCCCUUGUCUUAGAUGGAUGUUGAAACCAGGUGUGAUUGACAAGGCAGGUCUGGAUCACAGAUUUCUGCCCAACACCACUCCUCUUCUGUGACAUACCUGUGAUGUUUUGAUGUGGAACUUUUAAAAACUCAAACACAGUG